AUGACGGCCACGGAGAAACACCAAGAAAUAAGCGACCUCAUCGGCCCGGCUAAGCAGACCAUCGAGACGAUUGAAAGGGGCUGGGAUGUGAUGGGUACCAUAAUCCAGUAUAUCUACGAUCAGGCUUCAAGAUUCGAGGACGAAAUCCCGCAAGUACUACUCCCCGGGCUGCAGCUCGACGACAUUGCCAAGGCGUGGUUGAAGCUCAAUCAUUAUGGCCCACGAAAGCCCGGAUCUCGAGAUCACCACACUUGA